AUGGCUUCAUUACACUGUGUUUAUCCCAACAACCAGACCCACUCUGGAUCCAACUAUUCAGGACUGGUAACCAGUUGCACGAGUACAGGAAAGAACUGGCCUGCUUUGGUCAUUCUGGUCAUUAUCUUCUUCACCGUUGGUGGGAAUAUUUUGGUGAUACUGGCAGUGUCCUUAGAGAAGAAGCUGCAGAAUGCCACAAACUUUUUUUUGCGCUCACUGGCAGUAGCAGACCUGCUGGUGGGAGUCCUGGUCAUGCCAGCAUCACUCAUGAACAUCUUCUAUAAUUACUCGUGGCCUCUGCCCCAUGUGUUGUGCCCCAUGUGGAUUUUCCUGGAUGUGUUCUUCUGCACUGCCUCCAUCAUGCACCUGUGUGCCAUUUCUUUGGACCGCUACAUCGGCAUCCGCAGCCCCAUCCAGCACAGCCGCACCAACUCCCCCUACAGGGCCAUGACCAAGAUCAUUGCAGUCUGGACCAUCUCCAUGGCCAUCUCCUUGCCCAUCCCUGUCAUCAGCCUGCAGAAUGAGCAGAAGGUUCUGGUGAAUGGCAGUUGCAUCCUCACUGAGCCACGCUUCAUAAUUGUGGGUUCCUCUGUGGUGUUCUUCCUCCCACUAAUAAUCAUGGUUGUCUGCUACUGCCUGACCAUGCGGGUGCUCCAGCAGCAUCUGGCCACCUUUUCCACUGAGCACAGGAACUGCACUAACAGCAAGCAGCCAUCACCUCAACCCAGCCUCCUGACUGUUGACCCAUCUUCUCGUUCUAAUUCCCCAAGCAAAGGGGUGUUGCAGCACCUCAGCCCUCCACUGAGGGCUAUCCAGAAUGAACGCAGGGCCUCUCAGGUCUUGGGUGUGGUGUUUUUCCUUUUCCUGGUCAUGUGGUGUCCGUUUUUUAUCACCAACGUGAUAAUUGCAUUGUGCCAAGGUGGAUGCAGUAAACGCUUGCUCGGACUAAUGGACAUUUUGGUUUGGGUGGGCUAUGUUUCCUCAGGAGUCAACCCCCUCAUCUACACCCUAUUCAACAAGAGCUAUCGCCAUGCCUUCUCCCGUUACCUGCGCUGUAGCUAUCAUAAACAGGCUAAAGCUUUGGUCAGCAAUUCUGCCUGUCAUGUUUAUUCUGUUACACCGACCCCUGUGCUGUGUGAGAGGAGCUUCAAUUCAGGGUUUAGUGGCUUCAGUCAGGGACACCAACAAGGAAAGAUACUGAAAGAAGGUGUUAGUAGUUUUGCAAGCUCCACAGAUAACAUCAGUAGAGUCUGA